AUGGAAGCAUAUGUCGAUGAUAUGAUCGUGAAAAGUCGGGAGAAGGAAUCGCAUGUUAAAAAGCUGGCACGAGUGCUUGAAGUCUUUAGGCAAUACAAAAUGCGCCUAAACCCAGCAAAAUGUGCAUUUGGCGUUCAGUCUGGAAAAUUCUUAGGAUAUAUGAUCACACAAAGGGGCAUCGAGGCGAACCCCAAAAAGAUACAAGCGAUACUGGAUAUGGAACCCCCAACAUCAAUUAAGGAAGUGCAGCGGCUGACAGGUCGAAUGGCGGCUCUUGGGCGUUUCCUCUCCAAAUCGGCCGAAAGGGAACUCCCGUUUCUUCAGACGUUAAGGACAGGGAAAAAGUUUGAGUGGACGGAGCAAUGCCAAAAGUCAUUUGAGGCAUUAAAAGAGUACUUGAAGGAAGUCCCUUUAUUGACUCGACCUGAAACUGGGGAAAUGUUAUAUUUGUACUUGGGUGUAAGUGACAAAGCAGUAAGUGCAGUACUGAUUAAAAAAGAAGGGCAGGUGGAUCGACCAGUGUACUACGUCAGUAAGGUUCUACAAGGGCCGGAAACGCGUUAUCCCUUCACAGAAAAGGUGGCACUGGCCCUAUUGAACGCCUCCAGAAAGUUGAGGCCAUAUUUCCAAGCUCACUCCAUUAGCGUACUAACAGACCAACCAUUACGGAGCAUUUUACAAAAGCCUGAGUGUUCCGGUCGUCUCACCAAAUGGUCCAUUGAGUUGAGUGAAUAUGACAUACAAUAUCAUCCUAGGCAGGCUAUAAAAGGGCAAGCAUUGGCAGACUUUAUUGUCGAAUGUACACCCUCCAAGGAGGCCAAGGAAAAGAGCAUAACAGAGUGGUUACUGUUUGUUGAUGGGGCUGCCAGUUCCCAAGGGAGUGGAGCGGGAAUAGUGCUUAUCCCACCAGAAGGAGAAUCCCUUGAAUACUCUCUAAGAUUCGCUUUUCCAAGUUCGAAUAAUGUGGCCGAGUAUGAGGCACUAAUCGCUGGUUUGAGGUUAGCCCGAAAACUUGAGGUAACACAAUUGAUAGCCCACAGUGAUUCUCAACUGAUCGUUCAGCAAUACUACGGGCAGUACGAGACUAGAGAGCCGGCCAUGGGACAGUAUCUCCAGAAAGUCAAGGCACUCGCACAGUUGUUCGAAAGUUUCCGGCUAGUACAGAUCAACAGAUCCCUUAAUGGCCAUGCAGACGCUUUAUCCAAAUUAGCAUCCACUAAAGAAACUACUGGGAGAACAGUAUAUGUGGAAGUCCUUCAACAACCAAGUAUAGAAGAAUCUGAAGUAGCAUGUAUUGAGAAUAGUAGCGACUGGAGAACCCCUUUCUACAAAUAUUUGACCACGGGAGAAUUACCGGCAGACCCAAAAGAGGCUAAGAAAAUUAAGUUUAGAGGAGCUCGUUUCACAAUAAUAGAUGGGAUGCUAUACAAGCGAGCGCACACUAUGCCACUCCUCAAAUGCUUAGGCCCUCGGGAAACCAAUUAUGCUUUGACUGAGGUUCACAGUGGAGUAUGCGGUGAGCAUCUAGGAGGAAGGGCCCUUGCGGCCAAAAUCCUAAGAGCAGGCUUUUUCUGGCCCACAUUACAACAUGAUGCUCAAGCAAAGGUCAAAGAGUGUGAUAAAUGUCAGAGGCACGCCCCGAUUCAUUCUGCUCCAAUAUCGCAACUACAACCCACAUUCCAGCCCAUUCCAUUCGCUCAAUGGGGCUUGGAUAUUCUCGGCCCAUUUCCGCAAGCUACAGGACAAAGGAAAUUCCUUUUAGUGGCAACAGAUUAUUUUACCAAGUGGAUUGAAGCCGAAGCCCUAGCCACCAUCAGUGCGAGGAAAGUAGAGGCCAUGGUAUGGAAAGACAUUGUAUGUCGAUUUGGAAUCCCACGAGUCAUUAACACCGAUCAUGGAAAGCAGUUUGACUGUGAUUCUUUCCGAAAUUUUUGCAAAGGCUUGGACAUUCAGCUAAGGAUUUCUUCAGUAGCAUAUCCCCAAGCUAACGGACAAGUAGAGGUCAGCAACAGAACAAUUUUACAUGGCUUGAAAACUCGGCUAGAAGGCGCAAAGGGAGCAUGGGUGGAUGAAUUGCCUACCGUCUUGUGGGCCUACCGAACAACCAGUCGGGUCUCAACAGGUGAAACGCCAUUUAACCUAGUGUAUGGAACAGAAGCUUUGAUCCCUGUGGAAAUCUCGUGCAGAUCACCCCGAUUGGAUGCUUUUGAUAAAUGUGACGAUUCGAAAAACUCUGAUUCAUUAAAAGAGAGUCUUGAUCUCAUCGAGGAACAGAGAGACAGGGCGGCGGUACGAAUCGCUGCCUAUCAUAAAAGGGUUGCCAACUAUUACAACUCUCGUGUAAGGAGCCGACCUCUCAAGAAGGGAGAUUUGAUCCUCAGAAAAUCAGCCAUCACCAAUGCACACCGAGAGGAUGGAAAAUUUCGAGCAAAUUGGGAAGGGCCGUAUCGUAUUCAAGAAAUGAUAGGUCCUAGUACCUGUAUCCUCCAAACGCUCCAGGGUGAAACCAUGGGUAAAACUUGGAGCACAAACCACCUGAAAUUAUAUUCCCCUUCGGACAUGUAA